UCUCGCACGCCCGCCCCCCCGCCGCCCGCCCUCGCCCCUCGCUCCCCGCCGCCCGCCCCCAGUCGCCGCGGGCACCAACCAUGGCCGCCAACCUCCGCCGCCUCGCCUCGGCGUCGGCGUCCGCCCUCUCCCGCCGGCCCCAGCCUCCUGAUCCUCCGCCCGCCCUCCUCCUCCGCCUCGCGCUCUUCAGUUCCGCCCCCUCCGCGACGGAUCCGCCGGCGCCGGAGGCCGCCAGGAAGGCGGAGGGAGAGGAAGCCGCGGGAGACAAGGGCGCUGCCGACGCUGGCGAGGGGAAGGCGGCGGCGGCGGCAGAGGAGGAGGAUAACGAUAGCGGCAUGCACGUGAACAAGGCUACCGGCGAGAUCGGCGGCCCGCGCGGGCCCGAGCCGACGCGGUACGGCGACUGGGAGCGCGGCGGCCGCUGCUCCGAUUUCUGAACUGCCCCGCCGUGCACCCCGCGAGGUGAGAUCGUGGGCAGCGGGUUGCGUGUGUUGUGCUGUUGGAUUUGCUCUAUGAUAUGAUGCUAGUCGUUUUAGUAAUCUGUGUAAGGAUGGUGUGAUAUAUAAUACUGCUAAAAAUGCGUUUUGCUUUGUCCUCUGGGGAAUGAAUAAAAUGAGUUGGCAGCGUUCAAUUCAGAAUGUUCAGAGAA